ACUCCCUCGCCUCACAGCAUGAGGGUGUUGUGUUUAAAUCAACUGGUCGCUGGGGCCUUUCUGAAGUCUGUGUGGUCUCCCUACGAUAUGCAGGGGAUGGUGUGACCUGGGCAGCGGGGGUGCGUGUUUCCGCCUCCUGCAGGCUGUAUGCUGUGAGCGGCUGCACUGAAGCUGUGUGUGUGAACCAGCACAAGACUCAUUCUGCACUCACACCAACCGUCCGUAGCCAGCUGCAGGAUGGCCGGGAGCUUCUUCAAAGGACGUUUUCUGUCCUUAUUCGACUACAAAACAGAAAAAUACAUUGUCGCCAAAAAUAAGAAAGUUGGGAUUUUGUACAGACUUAUUCAGUUAUCUAUCAUCGGUUACAUUAUAGGGUGGGUUUUCUUAAGCAAGAAAGGCUACCAGGAAACAGACGAGGCCAUCCAGAGUUCUGUCAUAACUAAACUGAAGGGAGUGUCAGUGACUAACACCACUGAGUCUGGACUGAUGGUGUGGGGACCGGAGGACUAUGUCAUCCCACCACAGGGUGAAGCAGUUCUGUUUGUUGUAACCAAUUUCUUAGAGACGCCAAACCAGAAGCUGGGAUACUGCGCUGAGAGUCUCAAAGUGCUGGAUGGCCACUGUCGAGAUGAUGAAGACUGUGAGGACGGAAAGAUGGUAGUGGCUGGUAAUGGAAUCAUGAGUGGCCGAUGCUUAAGAAAAGAUGAAAAAUCCAUCGGUACCUGUGAAAUCUACGGCUGGUGUCCCAUUGAAAGAAAAUUCAUACCACAACGCCCUCUACUGACAAACGCUGGAAACUUCACUAUCUAUAUCAAGAAUUUCAUCCAAUUUUCUAAAUUCACAUUUUCAAAGUCCAACGUCCUUGAAACUACCGACGACUCAUAUUUGAGGAAAUGCAGAUAUGAUGAGGAGCUCAACCCCUACUGCCCCAUCUUUCGUCUGGGAGACAUCACCAGGCGAGCUGGAUAUAACUUCCAGGACUUGGCCACAUUUGGUGGCUCCAUUGGCAUUAUGAUACAGUGGGACUGUGACCUUGACAAAGGCUACUCUAACUGCCAUCCACAGUACCGCUUUACUCGGCUAGACAUCAGUGUCUCCAACAAGACCAUCACUACGGGAUUUAACUUCAGACAUACUCGGUAUUUCAAAAAUGCUGCUGGUGAGAGUUAUCGAUCCCUUUUCAAAGUCUAUGGUGUCCGAUUUAACAUCAUGGUGCAUGGAAAGGCCGGGAAAUUCAGCAUCAUCCCAACAGUCAUCAAUGUGGCUUCAGGGCUGGCUUUGAUGGGUGCUGGAGCUUUCUUCUGUGAUAUGGUCCUUCUCUACCUGAUGAAAAAGGGUGACUCUUAUCGAGAGAGGAAGUUUGAAGGAUUCAGAAAUACAGAGAAAACAUCUGAAGGCAACAGUGAGGAAGCCAGAAAGAAGGAAAAUCUGACGAAUUAGACGUUUCACUGCGUGAGUUGAGUUUGCAACAUGCCUUUCUUGGUUAUAAUAAUAAAUAUAAUAUUAUAAAAAUGUACAUAUUUUACAUAAUAACUUUGCUGUACUGGGUUGGAGCUCAUGUAAGGUGAUACAUCAUUUUCAAACAUGUAAUUUUGUUGAAUUUGUCAGUUUUAAGAUUCUACCAUAUGUACUAUAAUAAUCUGCAUUAAAAUCUCAUCUUUAAAAACAACAAUUUAACUAAAAAAUGUAAUUACCAUAAUUGUAAGUAAAUACAGACCUGGUUUAUGGUAAUUAUGACAUAUUGUGUAAAGACUGUAAUACUGUUUGCUGAUUGUAUAAAAGAACAUUUUUGAAAGUCAUAUUUGGUGCCUCACCUUAACGAAAACAGGAAAAAACAGGACUGGUGACUUUGAUGUGGUUUAGUCAAACGAGCAGAAUGACUUUAGGGACUGUUACUUUUCGAAAUCCAUUUUUCCUGUUCAGGGUUGUGGGAAUCAUAGACAGAUUAAAUACACAGAAAACUAGAGCAAAACACAAAUCGCAAACUCCGCACAGAAAAGCAUUUUACAUGGAGGACUUAAUCAUGUUGCUUUUCUUCAGAAUGACAUUGUUUCCUGCUUGAAUUGCAUGACUGAUAAUUACUAUGAAUGGACUAUGCCUCAUGCAUUAAUCACGCAUUAAGUGCCAGUUUUCAUCGAACACCUUUAUCUUUAUGUAAUUUUAUUCAGUUUAACAAGUAAUCCUUUAUUUAUUAAUUGAUACAGAAGAAAGCUAUAUGCCUGUUACCUAAGUAAGUGUGCAAAUAAAGAUUUUAAAUAAAGA